CGAAAACUAUUUUGUAAUUUAAUGGAAAAUAUUCAGUGAGUGUGUGAAAAUUUUAAGUGGUUGUCGUUUUUUCCUUUUAUGAACCAAAAAAAAAAUUCCUCAGAAAAAGGAUCAUUUAAAAUUCGAUACUAUAGGGAAAAAAAGAUAAAAAAAUGACGAAAUGGCGACAAAAAAUUCCAGAAACAACCACAACAAAUUCAACUUUAAAAUUAUUAUUAAAAAAUUCACAGGAAAUAUCCGGUGAAUUUUUAUCAUAUAACAUGAAAAUUUCACUAGACGAAUAUUAUCGAGAACAACAAAAUCAACUAAAACAACAACAACAAAAAAAUAAUAAUAAUAAUUUAAAUCAACUGGAUCAGGAAUAUAAUAAUAAUUAUCAAAAUCAACAUCAAUAUCAUCAUUAUCAUUAUCAUAAUGAAAAUCACUAUCAUUACAACCACCGAUAUAAUAAAAAUUAUUUUCUUCAAGAACAAUUAGAGCAACUACAAAAAAAUCAAGAAAAAAAACAAAAAAAUCAACUAAAACAAAGAAAAAAAAAUAAUAAUGAUUUUUUUAUAAAAGAAUUUUCAAUUAGUUUUUUAUUUUAUAAUUUAUUAUUAUUUAAAAAAUUUCGAAAUAAUUCAUUAUUACAAUUAUUAUCAACGUCAACAUCAUCAACAUCAUCAUCAACAACUUCAACAACAAUAUCAUCAUCAUCAACAACAUCAACGUCAACGUCAACGUCAACAAUAAAAAAUAGUAAAAAUGGAAUAGCAAUAAUAAUAUUAGGUAUAAUAAAAUUAUUAACAUUUAUACCAUUAAUGGUAUCAGGAGCUGUGACAACACAAACAACAUUGACAACAACAAUUUCAUCAAAUUAUUUACUAUUACCAUCAUUUAAUCAAACAAUAAAUAAUAUUGAAAAACCUACUAUUUAUUUAGAAAAUAAUAACAAUUUAUUAUUAGAAACUCCAGCUACAUUAGCAGUAUUAUCAUCUAGCUCAAAUUUACAACAACAAAAACAACAGCGUCGUAAUAAAAAUAAUAAAAAUAAUAAUAAUAAUAACAAUUAUAAUAGUGAUAAUAUUGGAAGAUCAUCAUCAUCAUAUAAUUUAUUACAACAGCAACAACAGCAACAACAACAACAACAGCAACAACAAAAAUUAUUAUUGUCAUCAACAAUUGCACCAAAAUUAUUAGUUACUAAAACGAAUUUAACAACAACAACAAAAAAUGAUGUUAUGUUAAAUGUAACAGCAACUGUUGUGACAAAUAACAAUAUUACAUAUAAUAAUAAUAAUAAUAAUAAUAAUAAUAUAAAUAUAAAUAAAUUAAAUAAUAGUAAUAAGGGAAAUAGUAGACAAGAUAGAUCAAAUACUGGUAGUAGUAUUAAUAAUAAUAACAGUGGUGGUAAUAGUGGAAAUAGAAAUAAUAAUAGUGGUGGUGAUGGUAGAAAACCAUCACCAAUGAGCCUUAAAAAACAAUGUUCCAUGUCUGAAUAUACAUGCACAAAUGGUAGAUGUGUUUCACUAAAUAAAUUUUGUGAUCUUAUUAAUGAUUGCGGUGAUGGUAGUGAUGAACCAAGAUUUUGUACAAGAUGUAAUAGAACCUAUUAUGGUGAUAUAGGAUUAACAUAUUCAUUAGAAUUACAUCGACCAAAACAGGAUCGUAUACCAUUUAUAUGUAUGCUUACAAUAUCAGCUGGUGGUGGUAAACAUGGUGAUAUUGUUCAGGUUACACUGGAUAGUUUUACAGUUGGUCGAUUUACAUCAUAUAUACAAGAUGGAUGUCCUGAUGGUUCAUUAUCUAUAUCGGAAGCAACUCGUAGUCCAAUUGGUGGUAUGUGGUGCGGUUCAUCAUGGGGUCCUGUAUUAUUUUAUAGUGAAACCAGAGCAUUAAUUUUUACAGUAAAACUAAAUAGAUUGGCAAGAGAUCAAAGUGGCUACAAUUUUGACUUCCGUAUUCGAUAUAAAGUCCUUGCAAAAGAUAGUUCAGUUACCCGUUAUGGUGGAGUUAAAAUUGAAGAUGUGGCGCCUUGGUUUAAUCUUUAUGCAAGUAAUUCUAGUAAUAUACUUGUAAGUUCUGGCGGUAUCAGUAAUAAUAAUAAUAAUAUUGGAUCUGGUUAUGGUAUAUAUGCUGGUUAUGAAAUUGGUAAUGGUAAUUUAGAUAUCGGUAUUGGUGGUGGUGGUGGUGGUAUUGGUGGUAGUGGAAGUCGUUCCGGUCAACAACAUCAAUUUUAUAAUACAACACAUAAUAUAAUGUCUGGACCAAUUGGUGUUAAUACCGGACAAUAUCCACCAGAUAGUAAUAUAUUUUCUGCUUAUAUGAAUGAAAAAGGUAAAGAACUUCAUAAAGCUGUUGAUAGAGCUGAUCCAUCAAAUCGAGAAUAUCGUAAUUAUACAGAACCGAUUUAUUAUCUAGGUGACCUAAUUCAGGGUACAUAUUGCUCUAGAAUCUAUAGUAACUGUGAUAGAAAAAUAUGUCGUUUACAAUCACCUAAUUAUCCUGGAAUUUAUCCAAGAAAUUUAACAUGCUACUAUGCAAUUAGACAACAUGAUGUUCCACACGGUAAACAUGCUCUAAUAACAAUAAAACAAUCAAAAGGUAAUCUUAUUUGGAUAGCAAUACCACCAAAUACAGCUGGACAAAAUCGUAAUUAUAUUGGUGGUGGUGGUGUUAGUAGUGGUAUUGCUGGUGGAAUUGGACCUAAUACAGAUAAAGAUAAAAAAUAUGAACCAAAAAUUAAAACAUGGAAUGAAUGUGAUUAUAUUCAGGAUAACUACAAACAACUUCCAAAUGAAAAAUGGAGAUCAACGGAUUAUGUGACUAUAUAUGAUGGUUAUACAACGAGAGAUCCAGUAUUAUUAAAAUUUUGUGGUGGUGGUCAAGGAGUUCCAGCAUCAACAUCAAGUGGUCCAGAAAUUUUAGUUGAAUUUACAACAUCACCAUAUGGUACAUUUAUGGGUGCAUCAUCACAAAUUCUUCCACUUUAUGGAUUUCAAUUAGAAGUUGACGUAACAUUUGUUGAUGCAUUGAGUCCAACAUUUGUUAAAAAUAAAAAAUUAUGUGAAUUUUGGGUACGUGGUAGUGGUAGAGGUGUUUUAGAAAAUCCAAAACAUUCAUUAGCACCAAAUACAACAUGUUUAUAUCAUUUACAAGGAACUGGAACAUUUUUUCGAACAUAUGAUCAUAUGAAUUUACAACGUACACCAACAGCACAAGAACAAAGACAAUCUGUUUCAAAACCAAUACAAACAGCAAGAUUUAAAGUAUGGAUAUCAUUAUUAAAAUUUAAUUUACAACCACCAUUUGGUAAAUUAGAUGAACAAAGUGGUAUAAGUUUAUUAACAGAACCCGAAGAUUGUUCUGGUAUGUUAAGAAUAUGGGAUGGACCAUUAAGAGAACCACCAGUUUGCCAGCAAUUAGAUUGUGAACAAGAUUUACCAAAAGGUCCACUAGUUGGAAAAUCUGGUGUUUCAAAUUUUACAAAUAUAUUGGCAAGAUAUUGUAAAGGAUCAAUACCAAGAACAUGUGACAGAGCAAAUAUUAAUGAAACAUUUGCAAGACCAUGUACAAUAUCAGAAAGUUAUGUAUCAACUGGUGAUUCAAUAACAUUAGAAUUAAAAAAUGCUGAUUCAACUGCCUUAAGACCAUUAGAUUUUAAAUUACGUUAUGAAUUUGUUGAUUUACAUCAAGACGGUCUUCCAUUAGCAAGUGAUCAUGAGUGUAGUCGAAAAUUUGUUAGUAGCCUUAUGGAACGUAAAGAUCCAGCAAUAUUUCGUAGUAUACGAAAUGUUUUUAUGUUUGGACGUGGUGGUGCAACAAAUUUAAAAUGUGUUUAUCGUUUUGAAGCACAACGUGGUGAACGUAUACGUAUUAAAAUUAAAAGAGUUAAUACUGGUUUUAGAGAAUGUAGUUCAAGAGUUGAUGAAGAUAUUAAUCGUUCAUAUUGUUAUGGUAAUUCAUCAAUUAAAGUUGAAAUUUUCGAAAAACCAUAUCCUGAUUCAAUUCUUUUACCACGUGCUUGUUUAUGUAAUUCAUCAGAUCUAUCACAUUUACCAGUUGAAUAUACAUCAACUGGACGUGAUUUAGAAGUACAUUUUACAGCAGUAAAUAUGACCAGUUUGGAUGAUCCGGAAACAGUAAAUUUCGAAGGAAUUUAUGAAUUUGUAAAAGGACCAUUAACAUGUAAAGAUGGUAGAAGAAAAUAUGGACCGAGUGGUACAAUAGAUAUGACAUUUGGUGAUAUUGAAUGUAGAACAAGACCAUGGGUAAUUGAACCAUCAAAUGGUAAUAAAUAUUUAUAUAUAAGAGUAAGAGCAAUAUUUUUGAAACGAGUAAAUCCAAAAUUAUAUCAACAUGUAAAUGCAAGUCUUGUACGAACUGCUUCAUAUAGAUGUGAAACAAAAUCAAGAGUUGUUUUAACUUCAAGUGAAGGUCUUUCAAUAAUUGCAUGUCCUUUAAGUGAAGAUCAUGGUAGUAAUGAAUUUGUUGAAAUGUUUAGUGCUGGAUGGGGUGAACCACCAUUAUAUGGUAUUAUGAAUCGUUCAAAAGCAAUUAGUGUUGAAUUUUUAAGACCAACAAAUGGUGAUUAUUAUUUUACUUGGAUGGAAAUGGUUCCUAGACCUCCUUUGGGAUUAGUAGAAGACUGUAAAUAUAAAUGUACCGAAAUUGAUGCAUGUGUUAAUGCUAGCGUAUGGUGUGAUGGGGUUGUACAUUGUCCAUCUGGUGACGAUGAAUCAUUUUUACAAUGCUCAUCAGUUAUGAAACUUCCAGCUGAAUUAUUGGCAACAAUAUGUAUAGUACUAUUAUUAAUAUGUUUUGGAUUAAUGGCAUACACGUACAGAAAAUUAAAACGAAAACUUCGUGGUUCAUCAGUAUUACAAACACGAUUAAAAUCUUUAAGUUCAAUGGAUACAGCUGUAUUUGAUGAGAAAGAUGUAAUUUGCUGACAAAACGACAAUUCUGUACGAUAUGUGGAAGUUGAUAGAGUAACUACCGUCUGACCACAUCAAUAUCAUAUUAUUAUUAAUUUGAUAUUUAAAUAUCGUACAGAAUUGUGCCCCGGAAAUAAAUUAUUGACAAACACAACAAUAAUCAUAUAAAAUAAUUAAAUAUUAAAAAUGUUUUAUCAUUUUUUAACAAACAAAAAAAAAAAACAAAAUAAAAACUUCCAAUAAAAAGAAAAAAAAAACAAUUCAAAGCUAUUUUUUUAAUUUUAAAAUUAGAACAAAGUGAAAAACUAAUU